GGGGGACACAGAGAUUACCUCGCACAAUUGGAGUGUCUUUGGCAAAAGAACUAAUCUUCUCUGCACGUGUUGUAGAUGGUGAGGAAGCAAAAUCAAUAGGAUUGAUUAGCCAUGUGGUAGAACAAAAUGAAGCAGGGGAUGCUGCAUACAGAAGAGCAUUAGCUCUGGCAAGAGAAUUUUUACCUCAGGGACCAGUAGCAAUGAGAGUUGCAAAACUGGCCAUCAAUCAGGGAAUGGAGGUCGACUUAGUAACAGGUUUAGCAAUUGAAGAAGCUUGUUACGCUCAGACUAUUCCAACAAAAGAUAGAAUUGAAGGUCUUCUUGCAUUUAAAGAGAAGAGACCCCCUUGCUACAAGGGAGAAUAGAAGAAGCUGAUGCCUUUAAAAUACAGUGGGAUAAAAGUACUACUAUGAGGACCAUUAAGGUGCAGUUUGCAUCUGCACCUGGAAUAUCACAAUCACCAAAGUAAAAGCAAAUCAUACUGAUGUUACAACAUUUUGAAUGUGUCCAUACUUGUACUGGGCCCAGAUAGAAAUGUGUGCCAACUCAUGCUCAUUAUAGUUUCUGAAGGUUGAUCUGUGUAUUGGCAAGGUCACACGUUCAUGCAGCAUUUUUAAAAUUUCGUAUGUGUGAAACGUACCAUUCCACAAUUGAAAAAGCUCUGUAAAUUCUUUAUAUAGACAAAACCUGUAUGUGAUGUUAACUAUACAUCUACUGUAUCAUUUUAUCAAAACAAGAGCAACUACUGAACGCCAAAAAUAAGAAAUUGUACCAAAUAUGCAUUAAAAUGAUUCUAUAUAUCAGUAAAAAUUAUAUUUGAGUAUUCUACCUGAAUAUGUACAUUAUUAAUAAAGCUAAGGGAAAUGAAAAGGAUUAUU